GCGGGAGCUGCGGGGGAACCCCGGGGCGGUUGGCGAGGGCGGAGGGGUGACGCCGGCCCACCAGAGGAGCUCGCUGCGGGGGAGGCGGCGGCUGGGGGCCGUUAAGGCAGCCCGGGCCGGCCCCGCGGUGUUCGUAAGGGCGGCGGGGGCUGCCCGUCGGCAGCGGCACGGCCAUGGCGGCGGCGGCGGCGGGGCGGGGUGAGGAGGCUGCCCUGCCGCUUCGGCGCGCUGCGGCCCGCCGCGGAGAUGACAUGCUAGAUGAGGCAACAAGGAAAUACCUUUUUACUGACACAUUCUGUAAGGUCUGCAGGGCAGUGCUGCAGUUUGAGUCUCAAAGGAUGUCACACUAUAAGGGCAAAAAGCAUGCUCAGAAAGUUCGUCGUUACAUUCUAAUGCAUAGUGAGAAAGAUGAGGGGCAGGAGCAUGGCAAACAGAAGAAAACGGGUUGUAACAGUUUUCAGAUGGAUGGGAGUGCAGCACUGGACAAAAACAAAUACUGCAAUCUCUGCAAUGUGAUUUUUACUUCCCCAGUUGUUGCUUUGUCUCACUACUUGGGAAAGAUCCACACUAAAAAGCUGAAGCAAUUAUCAGGAGACCAAGCCCCCAUGCCAGCACAGAUCAUGCAGCCUAUUUCUGAUCUGUCCUCCGCUUCCACAUCUCCAGCUUUACAGAAGCCACCAGCUGAGAAGCUCUUGCUGCCUUCAAAAGCUGAAGAGUCUUCAUCAUCCUCCAACAUAAAGUUGAAGUUAAAUGAUCCAGACAAGUACUGCAAGCUCUGCUCUGCUCCCUUCAAUAAUCCACUCAUGGCCCACCAGCAUUAUGUUGGUAAGAAACACAGAAGAAAUGAAGCACGGAAAAAGAUAUUGGAGGAGCUGGGAGACAAAGCCAUCCCUGCAGAGUCCAGCAUGAAAGCAGUUGGGGUUGGUUAUUACAUGUGUCCCAUAUGUAACAUCACACUUACAUCUAUAGAAAUGUUCCAGUCCCAUGUGCAAGGAAAUAAGCACCAGGUUAAAGAAACAGUGCUCGUCAAUCUCAUGAAGAAAUCAAAGAAAACACGUAACUCCUUUCAAGAUAAAUUAACAGAUUAUAUAAAAGUUCAGAAAGCUAGAGGUCUAGAGCCAAGAAGGUAUUUAGGAAAAGUAGAAGAGGAAGAGUUUAAAGAUGAAAACAUUGAAGGAGGAAGCGCCCUUGGUGAUGUUACAUCUUCAAACUUUAAGCGUGAACAAGAAGAGCAUUCCAGCCUUUUCUCAGAAACCCAGUCACCUACAAAUACUGGGGAAAACAGAUCACUAAGCUGGCCAUCAGCUUAUGAGCGUGCACUAGAAAAUAUACCUAAUUGCUGCUAUAACAAGGGAUGGUGUAAAGAAGAGCAAGUGUCUGAGGUGACCACCAUCAGAGAUAAAAGCUUUGGCCUAUCGGUUGCAGAAUCUAAGGACUGCUACAACCUUAUGCUUGCUGAAACUUCUACCAGCUCCUACAGAAAAGGACAGAAAUUUCAGAUAAAACAUUUUGAGGAGGAAAAAUACAUUAGCGAAGAGCUGAAGUGUGAGAAAGAAGCCACAAAGCAGAAAAGAAAGGGAAGUACUGAAGCUGCAGAUUUUGGAAAAGAAAAUCAGAAGCAAAAGAGAAUCAAAUAUGACAGAGACUUGGUAAAUAAGAAGCAAUCAAGACCUUAUAUGGACAAAAGACUUAAAGAAAACCCCACUGAGGAGGAGAGCAAAAAGAAUAAAAAGAAACCAGAGACACAUAGCAUAAAAGAAGAGGAGCUGCUUUGGGAUGAAUCUGUCUUGGGAUGUUGAUAAAGGUUUGCUUAGCUUUAAGAAGUUCAUUCUGUUUGUAGUCUCACUUAACCAUUUUGUACUGUACUAUGACUUUUAUUGUUAAGCAAAGUCUUUGUUCCAAUUUGGAAGUGUAAAAAAGCCUGUCUUCUGAAACUUUUGGGCAAGUAGGUAGGCAUCCAUUUUUAAUCCUCUUACAUACACAGCAGCCAUUGCAGUGAUAUGAGUUUGAAAGUCUGUAAUCUCUUCUGGUAUAUACCACAAAUAAGGGUCAGUAGUUUACAGAACACUGUUGGAAUUUCACCAAAAUGUAUAGUUUCUUUCUAAUAUUAAUGGUGCCUCCUAUUGAGGUUUUUACUAUCCUUCUAGGAAAGUACAUAAACUUGUAAGAUAAAUAAGGGCACUACGGUGUUCCUGGCCAUGUCUGUAACCAUUUCUCUGACAGAUUUAAAAGGAGAAUGUGAAAGGUGUUUGAUUCCAGAUCUUAUUUUCUAUUGGGGGUGUUCUUGGGUUUGGUUCAGUGUUUUUUGUCGCCCAGUUCUGAGUGGAAAAUGAGUCUAUUAAACAUUGUCUAAUAGA